GACCGAGUUCUCGCGGGUCAACUCGCGACGAAGUCGACAGAGAACGGCGAGAUUGGGAAGGUCUCCGAGGACGUCAUCACAGCUGACAGACUCACGCAACAUUGGGCCGCUUUCGCCAAGACCCUCAUCCAGUACUUCAAGCCGAACUUCUACCACCAGUCUGUGAACUACAUUGGCACGCCAGGGCUGACCCGUGUGAAGCUCGCGCACUUCUUCGAGCUUCGGAUGUUGGACCAGCUCCGAGGUGACGACGUCGCCGUGUUGGUCAACAUCUGCACUUGCGCGAUGUUGAUCUCGGCUGGGACGGCGCAUCUCUUUUCCACAGAGGAGCUGACGUUGAUCAAGAGCAUCAGUGAGUUGCUGAACACGUACGGCUUGUCGUUGACGAAGCACGGGGUCAUCUUCUCCGCCGGCCACACUCUCAACACCGGGGGAGUGACGACGGUCGUCGGAGAUCCGAGCUUCGGGUCUCUCGUGAAGAAGCUCCUCAUCCUCGUGAAGAACGCGGACGAGUCGUCGUCGAUGUUGGACUCCGAUGCGAUGUGCAAGUACGGCGGAUUCGUUGACAAGAAGAUCGAGGGGUCAUUCGUCGUGGCGUUCACGGCCAAGAUCGUGGCGAUUGAGGUUGAGGAGAACAAGGUUGCGAAGUUGGAAGCGAAGCUCCUCUUCAAGAUGUCGUCCAGCCGAGUCGCAGACUUUGCCACCUUGGCGUCGCGUGUCUUGGAGUACUGCAAGGGCGACGAGACCGCUGCCGUCACCUUGAUCGGCUUGAUGGUGGAAAAGUUCAUGGAGAUUUUCACGACCACGAACACCGCGGCGACAUUCAAGACGGACUCCGUCGACUUGUACCCGAAGCUCGUGGCCGCGAAGAAGAACUUCGCAGGGCUCUUCGUGGCAGGCGCGAUGACGCCAGACAGCUUGCUGGCCCGCGGCGACACGCCGGGCUUC